UUGAUGGUACACAUGUGCGAGCCUCCAUUACACCGGAUAUGGAGGCUUCCUUUCGUGGUAGAAAGACUUAUGCCACUCAAAACGUGAUGGCGGCUAUAGAUUUUGAUCUUCGAUUCACAUAUGUGUUGGCCGGGUGGGAGGGGACAGCACAUGAUGCUCUAGUUUUACGUGAUGCUUUAGAACGUGAAAAUGGUCUAUGUGUCCCACAAGGGAAAUUUUAUCUAGUUGAUGCUGGAUAUGGAGCCAAACGUGGUUUUUUGCCUCCUUUUCGUGGUGUGAGGUACCACUUGAAUGAGUGGGGAAACAACCCUGUGCAAAAUGAGAGGGAGCUGUUCAACCUUAGGCAUUCUUCUCUUCGCGUGACUGUAGAACGUGCAUUUGGGUCAUUUAAGAGAAGAUUCAAGAUACUUGAUGAUGCCACUCCAUUCUUUCUCUUUCCAACACAAGUUGACAUUGUUGUGGCUUGUUGCAUUAUUCACAAUUGGGUUAUAAAUGAUGGGAUAGAUGAAUAUAUCAUACCCGAGGAUGAAUGGGUGCCAAAUAUUACUCAUGCUUCAUCAUCAAGUGGUCAAGCACAUGAACAUGCAUACAUGGUUAAUUUUAGGCAAGGAGUUGCUGAUCAAAUGUGGGAAGACCGACAAAACCAUUUGCAAGGUCAAAAUAUGUAGUAACUACUAUGUCAUUUAGCUCGUCGUGAUGAAUUAUUGUACUUUGUUGAACUAUUUUGUGUGCUGGAACUUAUUUGUAAGGAAAUAUUAUUUUCUGAGAUUGUAAUUGU